CGGCAGAGCGCGAGAGGCGGCUGCUAGGCUGCUGGGCGCUUUGACUCUCCCUCCACCCAGCCCCCUUGGGCUCCUCUCCUCUUCCCUCUGGACUCCGGUCUCCUCCUGCUGCCCCGGCUUGCCAGAGCCCUCUGCUUAUGGCAGCAGCUUACCUCGUCCCCGGUGCGGCUUUUCGGUGCACGACCCUCUCGCUCCCGGGGCUGAGCCGGGUCACUGGAUGUUGCUGAAACUCUGGAGAUCAUGCGCGGGUUUGGCUGCUGCUUCCUCGUCAGGUGCCACUGCCGCCGCCGCCGCCUCUGCUGCCGCUGUCCGCGGGAUGCUCAGUAGCCCGCUGCCUGACCCCCGCGAUCUUGUGUUCUUCGGAAGCCGUUUGCUGCUGCAGAGUUGCGCGAACUAGUCAUGGUGCUGUGGGAGUCCCCGCGGCAGUGCAGCAGCUGGACACUUUGCGAGGGCUUUUGCUGGCUGCUGCUGCUGCCUGUAAUGCUACUUAUCGUAGCCCGCCCGGUGAAGCUCGCAGCUUUCCCUACCUCCUUAAGUGACUGCCAAACGCCCACCGGCUGGAACUGCUCUGGUUAUGAUGACAGAGAAAAUGAUCUCUUCCUCUGUGACACCAACACCUGUAAAUUUGAUGGGGAAUGUUUAAGAAUUGGAGACACUGUGACAUGCGUCUGUCAGUUCAAGUGCAACAGUGACUAUGUGCCUGUGUGUGGCUCCAAUGGGGAGAGCUACCAGAAUGAGUGUUACCUGCGGCAGGCUGCGUGCAAACAGCAGAGUGAGAUACUGGUGGUGUCUGAAGGAUCAUGUGCCACAGAUGCAGGAUCAGGAUCUGGAGAUGGAGUCCAUGAAGGCUCAGGAGAAACCAGUCAAAAGGAGACAUCCACCUGUGAUAUUUGCCAGUUUGGUGCAGAAUGUGAUGAAGACGCUGAGGAUGUCUGGUGUGUGUGCAACAUUGACUGUUCUCAAACCAACUUCAAUCCCCUCUGUGCUUCUGAUGGGAAAUCUUAUGAUAAUGCAUGUCAAAUCAAAGAAGCAUCAUGUCAGAAACAGGAGAAAAUCGAAGUCAUGUCGUUGGGUCGAUGUCAAGAUAACACAACUACAGCUACUAAAUCUGAAGAUGGGCAUUAUGCAAGAACAGAUUAUACAGAGAAUGCUAACAAAUUAGAAGAAAGCGCCAGAGAACACCACAUACCUUGCCCAGAACAUUACAAUGGCUUCUGCAUGCACGGCAAGUGUGAACAUUCUAUCAAUAUGCAGGAGCCAUCUUGCAGGUGUGAUGCUGGUUAUACUGGACAACACUGUGAAAAAAAGGACUACAGUGUACUAUACGUUGUUCCCGGCCCUGUCCGAUUUCAGUACGUCUUAAUCGCAGCUGUGAUUGGAACGAUUCAGAUUGCCGUCAUCUGUGUGGUGGUCCUCUGCAUCACAAGGAAAUGCCCCAGAAGCAACAGAAUUCACAGACAGAAGCAAAAUACAGGGCACUACAGUUCAGACAACACAACAAGAGCGUCCACGAGGUUAAUCUAAAGGGAGCAUGUUGCACAGUGGCCGGACUACCGAGAGCUUGGACUACACAAUACAGUAUUAUAGACAAAAGAAUAAGAUGAGAUCUACACAUGUUGCCUUGCAUUUGUGGUAAUCUACACCAAUGAAAACAUGUACUACAGCUAUAUUUGAUUAUGUAUGGAUAUAUUUGAAAUAGUAUACAUUGUCUUGAUGUUUUUUCUGUAAUGUAAAUAAACUAUUUAUAUCACACAAUAUAGUUUUUUCUUUCCCAUGUAUUUGUUAUAUAUAAUAAAUACUCAGUGAUGAGAAAAAAAUUGGCGUUCUUAAAUUUGCGGUAUCUCCUAACUGUAAAUAUAAUCAAGCUAGUACAAUCUGUACAAGUACCAGUAUUUUAUCUUUCUCCACAUCCUGAGACAGAGCACUAGUUUAUACAGGACUCAGUGGCUAGGUUUUGAGUGAUUCCAAGAUCAAGGGAAACGAUGGUUAUUGGAAAAGAGAAAAAAUAGUUUAUAUCGAGUGAGGAAAAAAUAUUUCAGAUCUUUGAAUCAUCUCUAUUUUAUCAGCUUUCUUCCCUGGUCUUCCAUUUUCAUCCCCAGAGCAGAAAAAUCUCUGGCAUAUAAAUUAAAUCAAAGAAGAAGGGGAGGGAAAGUGCUUUAUAACUCAUAAAGGAGAGGGAAAGAAGAUAUUGGAUUUUAUUUGGGAAACAUCUUAGAAUCUCCCAGUUAAGUGCAUAUAUCUGAAAGGUCCUGAACAAGCUACAUAUUAGGAAUACACAGAGCACAAAAUCUAUUCCAUUUAGGUGAGUGCAAUUAACAACUAGGAAGAAAUUCUAAUAGCAUCAUUAAAUGUGUAACACCAAAUCAUGAAUUCUCAGAAGCACCUUGCUAUAUUUACAGUAUAUGGUUCUUUAAAAAGAAAUUAGAAUCACAAACAAAUACCUCAUGAAUAACUUCAUGGCUAAUGCAGCACCAUUAUUUGAAAUGGAACUAAGGUGAUAAUAUUUCAUGAAAUGUGCUUUAUAUAUAUGAUAAGAACGAAAAUGAAUCACAUAGCAUAUGAAAGACCUUGGUGGGAAAUCGAUAUAGAUUUCUGAACACACAAAUAUGUAUGAACACUUUGGAAAAAAAUAAACUGUAAAAAUUCUCAAAGAAUAAGAUGAAAGUAACAAAUCAAAUAAUUGCCUUAUUAUCAUUUAGUCCUUCAUAGCUUUCUGUGGCUAACAGAGUAAAUCUAAAUAAAAGUUUCUUUGUCUCCUUCAAAUGUCCUCUGCACGUACUGAAAGGAAUGACACUUCUGUGUCCACAAAAAGAAAAAAGGACAAAUGUCAAACCAACACUUUCUGAAUAUAAAAUAUUCAGUGAAAAAUAAGUUUCCUGAAGUGAUGUUUAAGAUAUUUGUUAAGACACUUUUUAAAAGGUGACAAUCUAAAUAGUAUUUAGGGCUCUGUGAAAAAUCUGGUUUUCUAGGUUAGUCAUCACUUUGAAAAGUGUGAAUCUAUAAGCAUAACCGUCACUCAAGUGUUUCCAUAAAUUGGUCGUAGGCUACUUGUACAAACAAACUCUAUUUAAACUUCCACAUGGAACUUUAGUUUGGUUACCAGGUGCAGAGAUGUAACUAGCCCUGAUCUCCUUUGUGUAAGACAGAAGUCGUGGCAAACAAACCUUGCCUUCUCCUAAAGGAAGAACAAAAAUACAACAUGGCAGGGCUUAGUAGAGUUAGAAAGAAAGCAACAAUUCCACUGACUUUUACUUGUAAGAGUAGGAAAUGACUUGCUUCAUUAAAUAUUGAUACAGUACGUUGUGUGAAUUUUUAUCAAAGGAUCAUAAACCUAAGUGUUGGAAAAGUCCUUGGAGUUAAUAAUACAGUAUGUUCCUAUUCACCUCUAUGCUCACCCAACCCAUGAAAGAAUCCCUUUUAAAAGAUGCAUAACAAAUCUUUGCUGUACAGUAGAAACUAA